CCGAUCGGGAUCGGCCAUGGCGACGUCCAUGCUUCGAUCUGCCCUCGCGCUCCGGCGAUCGGCAAGUCUGAGGCUUCUGGUUCGCAUCCCCUUGAGCUCUGCGUCGGCUGUAUCCUUCAGCAGCAACACCGCCUCCUCCGGCAAGGGUGAGGACGCCGGCGGCCGGUCUGAGAAGCGUCAUACCGAUAAGAAAGAUGACGAGUCAACUGCAGCAAGGAGGCGAAGCAAACAAAACGGACAUGGCAUCUCCCGAAGCCUGUUUGAUGAUUUUGAUGAUUCUGAUUGGGAGAUGGCGGCGCUUUUGGACGACGACAAGCCUCCCCGAGGAUCUUCCACUGGACAAGACUCUACCAAGGACUCCUCCUCCUCCUCUGCGGCGGCAGAGUCGGACGUGUCCUCGCCAUCAUUAGGGGGCUUCUGGGACUCCGGAAGCUCUUCAUCAUGGGGUUCGGGAGGAGGGGACUCGUGGUCAGGAGGAGGGGGAUUCUCGGGAGACUAGCUACCUGCUAGAUACUCAUGUGAUUCUUAGCAAGUUUUUCCCAGUUUAAUUCGUCAGACUAUAAACCAUGUGAGGUUUUUGUCUAGUGAUUCCUUUUUGCAACAUUUUGUAAGAGAACCAAAACGAUUCCGUAUAUUGCCAUAAUAUCUUGUGCCUAGAUUUUAGGUUUUGAAACAGAAUAUGUCAACGUAAAA